CAAGUGAAACGAAUACAUAAAUUCGUAAGAAUGUGUCUAGAACAUGUAGAAUGUCUUUGCUUAUUGGUACGGCAGGAGCUCGCAGAAAAUAGUACGAUGUAAGAGAUGGAGGCUCAAUAUUCCUCGGUGAUAUUAACGCAAUCAUUGUUCACGCUCAAAGUUAUUUCGUCGAUAAUCUGCCAUUGACAUACACGCCGCUCGCAGACACAAUUCGAUCAUGUCGUUUCGUCAUAUCCUGCGAAAGUGCAUCCAGAAAACGCGUCGUUUGAUUAUUCACGCGCUCAAGAGAUGAAUCGAUGGAUUGGAUGAUAAUCGAGAUUGUUAUUGCGGAUCGUGGCGAAAGCGGAAUAUCGCGCGCGCUUAAGCGAUGUCGAAGCUGAUUCGACGCUUUUGGACUUCUUCUACGGGUUGAUCGUGCGGGCGGACUCGAAGAAACUGGAGUCAAUCAAGGGCGAACCUUCUGCACAGCCAUGACCAAGUACGGCUUCGCCAGGCUAGCUCUAUGGCGGCCGAGGCGUUCCGUGACUUCCCAACCGCCAAACAACCAGGAAAACAACCCUCUAAUGGAGGGCGAGGGCGGCGGCGGUCGUUCUGUGACCGGCGCCGGUGGCGGCGGUGGAGGAGGCGGCGGCGGUCGACGGGCACCGAGCCUACGGCUGGUGAACGGAAGGGCGACCACCGGGGUGAGUUUGCAUACCAGCAGUACCGAGUCUGUGCGCUCUCCCCAUCACCAGCUGCUCGGCCAGCAGCAGGUCGGCAACAACAACUGCCAAGCCGGUAAUAACCCCGCCGCGAACAAUCAUCCACGGCUCAAUAAAGAUGAUAGCAUCAAAAUCAGCAUCGAGAACACCAACACCUGCACUGACAGCCUCGUCACUGCUCUAGACGACGAGACCCUGCUCAUCACUGAUUUCCUGGGCGAUACAGGCAACGAGAUGAAUUACAAAGGCAGCGGGAAAGUUCACUUCGGGGUGGAUGAUGUGUCUCUUUAUGGCACCCCGAAGGAGGAGCUGGGCCCGGGUCUUCCGGGCCAGGAAGUCAAGCAGAGUUUUCUGAAAAAUCAACUUCAGGCUCUGUUCCAGCCGACGGACAACAAGUUGGCCAUGAAGCUCUUCGGCAGCAAGAAGGCUCUUAUGAAGGAACGAAUUAGGCAAAAAGCCGCAGGUCACUGGGUCAUCCAUCCUUGCUCCAGUUUUCGAUUCUACUGGGACCUCUGCAUGCUCCUCCUACUGGUAGCUAAUCUGAUAAUUCUGCCAGUCGCCAUUAGUUUUUUCAAUGACGACCUAAGCACUAGAUGGAUAGCCUUCAACUGCCUUUCCGACACGAUAUUCCUUAUAGACAUCGUCGUCAACUUCAGGACGGGUAUAAUGCAGCAGGAUAAUGCCGAACAGGUGAUACUGGAUCCGAAGUUAAUCGCGAAACACUACCUCAGGACUUGGUUCUUUCUCGACCUCAUCUCCUCCAUACCACUAGAUUACAUUUUCCUCAUAUUUAAUCAAUUUCAGGACUUCAGCGAGUCCUUCCAGAUCCUGCAUGCUGGACGUGCUCUCAGGAUUCUCAGGCUUGCUAAACUGCUGUCACUCGUUAGGUUACUACGUUUGUCAAGACUGGUGCGGUAUGUCUCGCAAUGGGAAGAAGUCUAUAUAUUGCAGAACCUACAAAAAAAACGCACUGAGCGGAGGGGGCGCCUAAGUUCUGACAAUAUGACUAAAAAGAAGUCCGGUUUCAGCAAAAGCGAACUUAUUUUUAAGUUCCUGAAUAUGGCGUCGGUGUUCAUGCGGAUUUUUAACCUGAUCUGUAUGAUGCUCUUAAUCGGCCAUUGGAGUGGCUGCCUGCAAUUUCUGGUACCCAUGCUUCAGGGAUUUCCCAGUAAUUCAUGGGUGGCCAUUAAUGAGUUACAAGACUCGUUUUGGCUGGAGCAAUACUCAUGGGCCCUCUUCAAAGCCAUGUCGCACAUGCUGUGUAUCGGAUACGGUAGGUUUCCGCCGCAGUCCUUGACCGACAUGUGGCUGACCAUGCUCAGCAUGAUCAGCGGUGCGACGUGUUAUGCUCUUUUCCUCGGACACGCAACAAAUCUCAUUCAAUCUCUCGAUUCCUCGAGAAGACAAUACCGCGAGAAGGUGAAACAAGUAGAGGAAUAUAUGGCCUAUCGAAAACUACCGAGAGAAAUGAGACAGAGGAUUACGGAGUACUUCGAACACCGCUAUCAAGGAAAGUUCUUCGAUGAGGAGCUGAUUCUUGGAGAGCUCUCGGAAAAAUUGAGAGAAGAUGUGAUAAAUUAUAACUGCAGAUCGCUGGUGGCGUCCGUGCCCUUUUUCGCCAACGCCGAUUCGAAUUUCGUCUCGGAUGUCGUCACAAAACUCAGAUACGAAGUCUUCCAGCCAGGUGAUAUCAUCAUUAAGGAGGGUACUAUCGGCUCGAAAAUGUACUUCAUACAAGAAGGCAUAGUCGAUAUCGUAAUGGCAAAUGGCGAAGUCGCGACCUCGUUGUCGGACGGAUCUUACUUCGGCGAAAUCUGUCUGUUGACGAACGCGAGGAGGGUAGCGUCAGUCCGAGCGGAGACCUAUUGCAAUCUCUUCAGCCUCUCGGUGGAUCAUUUCAAUGCCGUGCUGGAUCAGUAUCCUCUAAUGCGCAGAACGAUGGAGAGCGUUGCCGCCGAGAGGUAUAAGCUUUGGCUAAACAAAAUCGGAAAAAAUCCUAACUUGGUGACUCAACGCGAAGAGGAUCUUGGCAGCGAAUCAAAAACGAUAAACGCUGUAGUAAAUGCACUCGCAGAACAGGCCGCGCAUGCCAGCGCCAGUGAAGAAUCAGUACACAGUAUGGAGCUUAGAACGCUACCGGCUUGUCUCUUACCCAGACCAAAGUCUGAAAAUAAUUUCGCGAGUCAAGAACUUACGAGAGAAGGACGGAGGAUCUUCCACAAGAGCGAUACUUUCCACAAGGAUUCGUAUCAAUGACGACACUCGUUUUACUAGCACACGCAGAGAUACUAACGGGUCCAUGUUGGAAUAACGAUAGAACUUUCUUAUCGAUAAGACAGCUGGUGGUUUUGUGCCUGGUGCUUGGGCGAUUCUAUAGCAGCGGUCUAUACAUAGAUAUCGGCCAUGCCAGUAGUUCUCUAGCAAUCGAUUUAUAGCGCCUUCUUAUAUUAAUCUGACGGCAUUUUCGUCCAAGACCGCAAAACUGACCAGAACAAUCGAAUCUUAUGCUCCAACCAUGAUACAGAUCCGUGAAAAAAUGUGGCCAUUAAUAUAAAUAUAAUUUAUAUAUGUAUGAUUUAUAUAUAUAUAUAUAUAUAUAUAUAUAUAUAUAUAUAUAUAUACAUAAAAUAUAUAUGGAAACAGAGACUUAUGCGUGUGUUAAUAUUUUAUAUAUAUUAUCACUAUUUUAAUAAUAUAUAUAAAAUCUUUCUACAAAAUAUGUAUAUGUAUGAAUAUGUAUAUAUAUUUCGUAAAAUAAUUUCGACAGAAAGAUUUCGAAGAAUGAACAAGAAAUUUUUGAAAAUAUUUUAAAGAGCUCCUUUAUAUAUCUUUCAAACUUUAUUCGAUUUCUUUUAGAGAAAAGGCUAAAAUUCAUACAUUUAUAAAAUUUUAAUCCUUUACGAACGCAAGAUAAAAAAAAAGAAGCCGUCUGUAUCUCGGUUGGAGAACAUGGAGUCCCGUGUUAUGCCGCGUCUCUUCACUGAGAAUAAUCGCCGCGUCGCAUCAAGUGCAAUAUUAAAGAAAGACGGAUAGACGCAGCGAAGAAUGAAGAUCUCAAUGACGACGAAGAGCAGGCCUAGAAGUUUAUAGAAAAUAUGUAGUCCACACAUCGUAAAAAAUUAGGUAUAAUCCUAAAUAACAGUGUAAUGAUGCGUAAUUCUCUCUCUGUGAUUUUGCAAGUUGACGUUUCGCACUUUAGGAGAGAAAAAAAAAACAGUGUAAUCUACGAUGAAUUAGGAUGCUCUUUUUUUUUUUUAAGGAAACAACUAACAUAGAAAGAAAUCGUACGUCGUAAGACCAGAGUAUUAUGAUUAAGUUAACGCGAUUUAGCUUUAGCUUCGUACUGCAUUAGAAUAAAUAAGUAAAACGAAUAUAACGCGUAAUACUCCGAGAAAAAAGUGCAAGAAUGAGGAGGAAGAAAUUCACGUCAAAUGUGCUAAUGUCUCACUGGAGAAGGAGUUCCUUUUUUAUUUCAGACGCGAAGUAAUUUGCGUUCAGUACUCGCUUUGUUUGAUAGAUCUUUCUUUAUUUUGCGUUUUAAUUCGCUUCGAGAAUAUUAUAAGGUCGAGUGAUGAGAUUAGAAGUUGCGACUCAGUGUCGGAUACAUUCGACAGACCGUCCUGGUACAUAAAUAGGAUUGGUGAGAGAGAGAGAGAGAGUGGUUAUAGUUGCGUGUUUGGAAAUCCGCAAACGAAUUCAGAGAGAAAGAGAGAGAGAGAGAGAGAGAGAGAGAGAGAGAGAAGAAAAGAUAGAUUGCGAUGCGAUGAUUAUACGGAUUAACCGGUUCUAUACAAAUGCUACCGAGGGCCCGAAGGCUGUGUUUACUUGUUGAGAGUCUUUUGGGCCGCUGUGGUUACACGUCAAUGAAUGAAUAUUAGGCGAAACGCAAGCAAAGUAUCUUUUUAUGAGGUAAAGACAAAAAAGCGCGAUGUACUAUAAGAGCAGCUAUAAAUACUAUGUAAUAAAUUAUUAUUAUUGUUACGAUUAUAUUACUUGCAAUGAUUACUAUACCACUACCGCAUAAUUAGACGACUAAAUAAAUGACAAAAAAUACAGAUACACAUAUAUUAAAUAUGAAAUAUUGUGCAUAGUGGUUAAAUAUCAUGUUGCAAGAUAACUCUGUAAUGUUCAGCUACGUACGAAAUGGUCUGACACUGACUAAACCGAUACUUACGAGCAAUUUAUACAGAUGACAUUAUUUCCCCGGAGCUUGAUCUAUUCCGUUCGAAUAAUAAUUUAUAAAUACCCAGGUCUUUUAAGGCCAAUUGAUGAUACCGAUCGAUCUCGCUUUGUAUAUUUUACUAAUCAAAGAACCAAACAAAAUACUCUCUUCAUUUUAAAUAUUUCAUAUUACAAGUGAAUUGGGCAUAAAGAAGUAUGCAAAAAAUAAUUAUAGUACUAUUUAGUUACUAUGAAUCAUAUGACGUUUCUUACUUCUUAAUCCUAAAGAGUACAAAAUCGUAGCAUUAACGCAUUAUGUGUUCUUAAAUUUUUAUAUAUAAAGUUAUAAUAAAAUAGCUAUAUGUCUUUUUAUCCGGAAUUUCUUUUUAAAUCUAUAUUUUUAAUUUAUUUUUUUUUUUUUAAAUUUGAUAAAAACCUAUUUUUCAUCAAUGAUUUAUCAAUACCAACACAUAUAAUUACACAUAAAUUAUAAAUAAAAUUAAUCUUUCUGUGCUUUUUAGGAUUAAUAAAGAAACGUUUUUUUCAAUUUUACAUACAAUCGAACGCAAUGGCAGUCAUUCGCUUUUCCUUUUAGAUCGGAGACUGCAAUGUUUUCUUUCGCAUGAAUAGUGAUCCGGUGAUCCUCUUUUAAAAAUUAACACUCGCAUAUUAUUUUUACUUACGUGAUAACAAGACGCAUUAUCAAAGAUUAAAAGAAAUGAGCCAAGUCGUUUUUUCUUGACAAUGUACACACAUUAUCGCAAAUACAUGUACAUAUGUAUCUCUCUACAUAAGAUUUUCAAAAUUACACGCGCGUUUCAUACAUAUACAUAUGUAAACAUGAAACACUUACACACGUGCGAGAGAGAGAGAGAGAGAGAGAGAGAGAGAGAGAGAAAAAGAGAAAGAGAAGGAGAGAGCAAGUGAAAAAAAAAGAAAUACCUAUUUUUCAUGUAAGAGAAACAUAGUUUUCUGUCAUUAUUUUGCACAUUCUCACAUGUCUCAUCUUAAAUAAUAUAUUAUAUAUAAAUACUAUAUAUAUAAUAGAGUCGCAAGAAAGAAAGAAAAGAGAAUGCGUAUAAGAGGUCAAAACAUUCCAAUGGUAGAGUAGUCAUAGACCGCAUAAUCGACGUUUUUAUAGAUUAAUCUGUGCGAACGGUCUAGGAUUAAUCUGCCGGUUCGGGCCUAAGAGAAGUACGCAUUACUAUAUAAAUAUUAUAUAAAUAUAUAACAUUGUUACUGUGCUCUCCGAGACGAGUGCGAGGGAAAAGAACGAAGUGAUCAUAUACAAAAAAAAGGAAAAGAAGCUAUAUAUAUAUAUAUAUAUACACAUAUACUCUCUUACUACCACUGCUAACUAAUAGACACUAUUAUUUAGCCACUGUCUACUUAUGUCGAUAAAACGAUUAAAAAAAAAAAACUGCGGCAAGGAAGCGCUGUGUUAGUACUCUAUUCACAUACACAAACAAGACGUUACGUGUACAUAUAUGCCGUACGUAUAAGGAGAUACGCAUCCAUAGUGCACUACAAACAGACGGGGGAGAAUAACAUUUUAGGAUUAAACAGAGAUCGUGUGACUAUUUGAGGUGUGUGAACCUUAUUCCGUAAAUGCUAACAGACAAGAGUGAGACACUAUUAAAUAAAAAUUAAAAAAAAAAAAA